UAAAAAAAGAAAAGGAAAAAGCAUGCAACUCCUGAGGGCAAUAGGAUUUUUCCAUGGAAAUAUUUUAUUAUUUUGUGUCACAACAGGUGCAGGAAUCUUUGUGUCUCCCAAAGGGGUAUUAAAAUAUUCCUCAUUGAACAUAGCUGUCUCCCUGAGUAUUUGGGCUGCUUGUGCUGUUCUGACUAUGAUCACCGCUCUCAGUCUCGCAGAGAUGGGGACCACCUUCCCUAGAAGUGGAGCACCUUACUAUUUCCUCAAAAGAUCUCUUGGAUCUUCUGUUGCUUUCCUCAGUCUUUGGAUCAAACUUUUUACUUAUCCCUUAGGAAUAGCUACUCAAAGCUUGAUAAUAUCUACCUAUCUAAUUCAGCCUUUCUAUACCAGGUGCCCAGCCCCAGAGUUACUUAAGAAAUGUCUAGCUUUGGCUACUUUGUGGUCAUUGGGACUUCUUAAUGCUCGAGGGGUGCUAACAGUGGCUUGGUUUCAAACUAUCAGCAUUUUGGUGAAAAUGGCUGUCCUCUGCUUCAUUUCCCUUACUGGGAUUGUUCUGAUAGGGAUUGGGAAAAAGGAAAAUGUGGCCAGGUUUGAGAAAGCUUUCGAUGCUGAACUUCCUGGUGUCUCACAGAUUGCAGAAGCCUUUCUUCAAGGAUUAUUUGCAUAUUCUGGUACAUCAGUCCUGAUCAACAUAGCAGGAGAGAUAAAGAACCCUGGUGAGAAUAUUCCCAAAUCUCUGAUUACUGUCCUUCCCACAGUGGCUGUGAUUUACGUAUUUGUGAAUAUAUCCUACCUGGCAGUUUUGACCCCUCAGGAAAUCAUCUCUACAGAUGCUGUUGCUGUCACCUGGAUGGACAAAGUAAUCCCUUCCAUGCAAUGGGUCAUUUCGUUUGGGAUUUCAACUUCAAUAGUUAGCAACAUGUGUUGUACAAUACUUUCAGCCUCAAGACUGUUCUACACAGCAAGCCAAGAAGGACAACUGCCUUUGAUCUUUUCUAUGCUCAAUAACUACUUCAGUCCAACUGUUGCUAUCACCCAGAUAAUCAUUUUAGCUUCUUUUCUUAUUAUAUCCUCAGAUUUAAUCAAUUUAAUAAAAUAUUCAGGAUUAGCAACCUGGGUUUUAAGAGGGCUGUAUAUGAUAGGUUUACUUAAACUAAGGCACCAGGAACCCAAUCUACCUAGACCUUAUAAGGUGCAUUUGCCAUUUGUAUUGGGAUCCAUAGCUAUAUCUUUGUUUCUAAUUUUGACACCAAUGAUUCAGUCUCCUACAGUAGAGUAUAUAUAUGGGUUUAUCUUUAUUUUUAGUGGACUUCUGUGUUACUGGCUUCAUGUUCACAUUAAUCAACAUUAUGUUUGUUUUGACAAAGUCACUUGUUAUUUACAAUUACUAUUUAAUGUUUCACCACCUGAAGACCAGGAUGAUGGUAUUUCAACAGGAGAAAAACAUCUCGAAGAAAUUGUUUUGUAAAUAAGAAACCCUAAAUGGUUAAUGAAUGGCUACAUUUUUAAAGACAAUCUUUGCUUUCAAGUGUAUACACUCAAGUAUACACAAAACCUCCCUCCUCCUGCCCAAUCCCCAACUAUAUCGAAUCCAACCCCCAGCUACAUAUUCAAAUUCUUUACAAUUCAAAUUCUUUUACUUGUAACUGAAGCCCAAGUUCCUAGUACACUAUAUGUUUUUUACCACUUUCUUUCAGGUCAAAAAUUUUAAAUGAAAACACACAAUACACCCAACAGAUUAAAAGGUAUAAUAGGCCUACUUCUGUGUAUAGAAGGAAAUUAAUAUGCACCUGAAAUUAAUAUAAUGCUAUGUGUCACCUGAAAUUAAUAUAAUGUUAUAUGUUAAUUACAUCUCAAACAAACAAACAAACAAAAUCAAAGAGUCAUGGUCAGGAAGACAAGAUCAUGGGUGAACAGUGCCUAGCAGAUAUUAAGAUGCACCUGCAAAAAAAAAAAAA